AUGGCUUCCAACACCGCCGCCGCAGUCCCGCACAGCGCUAGGUAAGUCCAUCGUGUCGCGCGCGUCGAUGGACACAGCUCACAGACACCAGCUCCACCGCAACCCCCGACGAGAGCGCCGUGGACCAGGUCAUCCAGAAAACCGAACUACUCGAGAUGGUGCUCCUCAAAUUACCAUUCAAGAACAUCUUCGGCGUUCAGCGCACCUGCAAGGCUUUCAAGACCACCAUCGAAGGCUCCAAGAAGCUUCAAAUCGCCAUGUUCCUCGAUCCCGGCGAAGAAGUUGCCGAGCUGCGGAUCAAUCCACUCCUCACGAAUGUGCGCUUUAAGCCAAGCUACGAGAGUUCCUGGUACUCGCGCCGCGAUAUUGUCCUCGAGAAGAAGAGCUCGGAAAACCCCCUCAAAUUCAACUUCGGCUUAGCUAUCAAUCAUGAGACCUUUCGGACCGACUUGAUCGUCCUUCCAAAGCACCGCGGCCAGGAAUCCUGGCAGCGCAUGUAUAUCAUCCAACCGCAAGAGGCUCCGUCCAAGUGCAGCACUUCCGCCGCCACGGAGACCACCCCACGCCAGACGCCGGAUCCCUUCCUUUCUCUCACUUUCAGAAAUCCUUUAACUCCCACGCAGCACGAGACAUGCUUUCCGCGUGAUGUCAAGGCUGAGGAAGUCUUCGAUGCUCUCGACGGCCUGUACAAGGAGCAUCAACAAGAGGGGGAAUCCGGCAUGGCGGAGCAGGAUUUGCUUCGUGCUCCUGAAGAUGACGAAGAUCGGUGGUAUCGUGGAGCGUGGCGCCACGAAGAACCGUGGUAUCGUGGAGCGCGCCGCUACGUAGAGGAGAUGGAUCACGGAGGGGGCCUGAGCGUGGACGUGGACGAGGACGAGGACGAGGACGAGGACGAGGACGAGGACGAGGACGAGGAAGAAGAUGACGAGAUCGAUGGGAACGAGGACGAAGAGGAUGAGGCUUGA